CUUUAUAACUUUUCAUUACAACUUACGAAAGCUAUUAUGUCAACAAACAACAGCAGAGAGAUUUUAGCGUGUAGACGACAGGUUUUAAGCAGAGAGCAAAGAGAAGGUGAACGGCAGAGAGCAAGAUUCAACACGCGUAGAACAAGCGAAGACGAUCGCCAAUGAGAGCGCGUUAGAAGUAGAAGAAGAAGACAAAAACUGGUUUUGAAAAAAGAAAUUUCAAAGCAACUUAGCAAAAAGAUUUUUCGACAGAGCCUUUAUAACUUUUUAUUACAACUUACGAAAGCUAUUAUGUCACCAAACAAAAGCAGAGAGCUUUUUAGCGUGUAGACCACUGAGGUUUUAAGCAGAGAGCAAAGAGAAGGUGAACGGCACUGAGCAAGAGUCAACACGCGUAGAGCAAGCGAAGACGAUCGCCAAAAAGAGUGCGUUAGAAGUAGAAGAAGAAGACAAAAUUUUAGCGAAGAAAGUCGGCAAGUAGAAAGAGUCAGGGUGAGAAGAAGGAGAAAAGAUUAUAGUGAAAAACGCCGGCAAGCAAAA